CGGUAUACUUUCCUGGCAAAUAAUAUGUAUAUAAUAUAUUUUAAACAUCUGUUUGUUCAGGAAAUUCAACAUCAUUAAGUGCAUAACACUAAAAGAAUGAAAUUAUACCCACUGACCAUACCCACCUUUGUUGAAGCCUACAACUUUCUCACGAAUUGCGGAAUGGAACGAGAUUUGGCGAUGCACCUUAGCAACAAGCAGACGACGAACAACCAUAGCAACCAUACGAGUUAAAACAAAAAAAAAUCUGUUAAAAUAUUGUUACACGAACACAGACAUUGAAGAAGAUAAAAGAUUUAUUUUGCAAGAAGAAGUGGUUACACUGAAAAUAUAAAAAUAGCUGUUUAUCACUGACAAAGAAAUAAAUUCCUUCAAGAAACAAUUAAAAUUAAAUACCAUGAAACUAUCAGAUCAAUUUAAAGGUUGUCAUUUGACUGACGAUGAAAGGAAGAGGCUUACAAAGAAUAAAAGUAUUUCUGUGACUGAUGUGAAGAAUGUAGUUACUUCAUCUUGUGAUAUGUCAAACCGAAAAUUAUUCCUAAAUAUGAAUGUUCAUAAUCCAGCGUAUGAAAUUAGUCAUAACCCAAUUUUGGACAUAUUUAUGACUGAUACUUUCCACAAUAAUGAAGAAACAAAGGCUGUUACAAAUAUAGAUUUAGCAACAAACUAUGGAGUAGUGAAAGGAAUUGUUUCUGAAUAUACAGAAAAUUCAAUGAAAUUACACUGUAAUGAAGGAUUUGUGUUUAACAGAGAAGACUUGGUAUCUUCAGUAUGGAAGAAAUGGAAGGUGUUCACUAUUAAUAAGAAAAUGAAUAAGGCAAAAGACCAAACAUAUGAGAUAAAGAAAGAAUGUAAGAAGGAAAAAACACAGAUAAAUAAGAAAAUUCUGAGGAAGUAUUGGGAUAUAUGGCUUUGCAUGGUGAAACAGAAAAAGAGGACUCUUUCCACAGAUCAUGAUAAACUACAAAGAGAAGAAAAAAUAAACAAAUUCUUAAAAGUAUUGAAAGAACAAAAGCAGUCACUGGCUAGUACAAAGGCACCUGCAAUGACAAAAAAUUUAGGUAAUAUUAAGAAUGAAACUUCAAGAAAUUCAAAAUAUUCCUAUCAUAAUAAACAAAAUGUACAAAAUAAUGUAGGAUUCCAAACCAAAACUUUUCCAAUGCAUAAGUGUAAUGAAUACCAACAAAGUCUUGAAGUUCAUCUGAAGAUAAUUGCAGAACAGAAAUCUAAAUUGGAAGAACAGAGUAAACUGAUUAAAGAACUUCAGUUAGCACAUUUUAGACUGCAGACAGAAAAAUCAACAAAAGAAACUCAAGAAGAAAUAAAUCAUACAUUAUCAAGUUGUGACCUACGACUGAAACCGAAAGCAAAGCAGGUGAAAAGCAGGCUGUCUACUGAGUACAAACCAACACAAUUACCAGAAAAUAAACUUGCAGUAGUAAGUUUGCAUACGGUCCCAACAAUACUUAACAGGAUGGAAGAACGUGCACGAGAUAGAGAAAGCAGGUGGAAGCUGAUUAGAGAAAGAAAACAAAAUCUGGCUGAGGUAAAACAAAAGAAAGAAAGAGAUGAAAAGAAGAAAAAAGAAGAAUAUGAGAAGUGGCAGAAAAUAGAAGAACUGAAAGAAAAUAGAAGACUUGAAAAACAGAUGGAAAUUAAGAAGAAGAGGGACAGGGAAAAAAUGCAUAAUUUGAUGAUAAUGGCAUCACUUCAGUACAAAAAACUGCUCAUGAAGAAAGUAAUGUUUUCAUUCAAACAAGUAGUGGCACUCAAUAGGAAGCUGAUGGAUAUAGCAAAGAAAUACUAUAAAAACCACCUACUCCGUAAUUAUUUUCAAACCUGGAGAGAACACACCCAGUCAGCCAUUAAUCUGAAAAUGUGCAAAGCUACCGCUUGUUACAACACAGUCUUAGUAAAGAAGGCUUUUAGAGGCUUGUUUCAGGUUUACAGUGAGUCUGUUACCAAGAACCAAGUAGCCACUGAUUUCUAUGACCUUCGUCUGCAAGAACACAGUUUUAUAGGUUGGCACCAUAUUGCUUGCACUGAACAUGUGAUAACAGUAAACAAACAAGAACUAGCAGCAGUCCACUAUAACAGGAAAUUGUUAACACGUUGCUUUAAGAGGUGGCAGCAGUUACCUUCAAUGAUGGAGCUGGAGCGUGAAAAGGAGCAAAGGAAGGAGAUAUGGCGAAAAAAGGUUCAGGAGUUCUUGCCCGAUUUCAAGCCUCUUCUUGUCUUGGAUUGAAGUGUUUCAACAAAUCAAUUGAACUGACCAUGUUUUUGUAUAUGUAACAAAGGGCAUUCUUCAGUGUUCAUUGUAAUGUCUCAAAUAAGUGUAACUACAAACUUAAUUCAGUUUCAGCCUAUUAGCUGAAGUUAACAAACACAUCUUGACUUGCAUUAAUCGGUUUAUAAGAAAUUGUUAACUGAAUUAACACUUUAAAGCCAAACCUCAUCUGAAUAUUACUUAAGUAUUCAGUCCGUACCACAAAGAAAACACAACACUUCACCAUUGCAAAGAUCAAAUGGUGAACACUGUUUGAGGAAAUAAUUGCUAUUUACACCGAGAAUCACAUGGAACACAAAAUAUAAAGCUAUGGCCGUUGAAAAAUGUGGGAUAUAUAUUUUAGCACUGGGCUUUAAAGGGUUAAACAUGUAAAAUGAAUUUAGACAGAAUAUUCAGCCUUCCGUUUUUCUUAUCUGUGAAUUUUUGCAUGGCAACUUCUACAAUCCCAGAACUACUAGAUAUUGACUUCUUGAAGCAAAAAUAAAGGAUAAAGUAUAUUGUGAUUAUGUACAAAUGGUGUAAUAUUGUGAAAGAUUGUCUUCAACUGUUAUAUUGCUUGUAAUGUAUAUUGCUUUUAUUCGUACUCAGUAUCUACAAAUGUAAUUUUAAGGAAAUGGAACGUGACAUACACAAUUCAUAAACAGAGAUGAAAGAGUAUGAAGAUAAAGCCUUAUAAAGAGGAUGGAUACACAAUUC